AGUGCCCAUAUCGUCAGCCAAGUGAGAACCGCCUCAAAAUGGUACCACACUACCUCCUAAUCCUGACCUUGGCAGUGGCAGCCAGUGCCAGGACCGCCAGCACAUCCCAUAACAGACUAGAUGAGGGAAGAAGUUCUGAAGACAGUCUGCUUGGGGAUCUGAAAGUUGCUUAUGACACAUACAAAGAAUGCAGUGGCGAAGAGAUCUCCAGUUGCUUGAAGCAGAAGCUAGCAAAGACUUUGUCAAGGAUGUCAAAGAGCGAUGAGUUGUCGGUAGUGAGUGGUGUCACGAUAACCAAAGAUAAGGAUGCGAAGGUCAAUGACGUGGAAAUUGACGAGGCGGUUCCGAGGAGCUUGGACGAGAGCUCGUUGGACAAUUUCAUAUUUGAUAAGAUCGUUGGAUUCAUGAGGACUCACACCAUUCAGGUCAAAUUCCCAACGAGCUCCGACGACCUCUCCUUCGACGAAGGCCGCAGCAGGAGGAAGAAACUCGCGCCUAUGCUGGCCAUCCCCAUCCUGAUCAUCGGCAUGAUGGUGCCGCUCGCGUUCGGCGCCCUCGCCCUGCUGGCCGGCAAGGCGUUAAUCGUGUCGAAACUGGCGCUUGUGCUGGCUGGCAUUAUCGGCUUGAAGAAACUCCUGUCACCGAGCGGCGGAGGACACGAGGCGCACGAGGUGGUUGUCUCUGCUGGACACUCGGGCUCUGGUUGGAGCAGGUCGCUCGAGAAAUCCCACGACUUAGCGUACAACGCGUACACCCAGUAGCCGAUCAGACAAUACCCACCUUUAUAACGCGAUUAAGGAAACGUUGAAACUAUGCCUAAAUACGUAUCAGUACCAGAAUAAUAUUUAUUGAAUUAUUUAUGUGAAAAUAUAAGCUCGUCAAUCAAUGCUAUCAACUUAUUUUUUCAAAUAUUUUUCAAACAUUGAAGGAAAAUUUUUAUUGGUGUUCAGUGAUGCGAGGAGAAGCUUCGCUCAUUAAUUUCCAAUAUUUAUUUUUAUCAAAAGUUUUAGAAAGAAAUUCUGUUAAAGUUACAAAAAGAGUUUGUUAACUUCCAGUCAUAAGUGCUGAUUGACCUGCAUAUAAAAAAUGAGUUAGAGAGAAAUCCACCGAUUCUCUAAGCAUUUCCAGUACCUCAAAUACUCCUAAAACAAGCACAAUCUGCCAGUAUUUAUACCUACGGCUAGGUUUUAGUUAAUUAGUACAUUAUAUAAUUUAUGUAUAUAACGCAUAUAUAUUAAGUCUUUGGAAUUUGCUUUAAUAUUUAGAGUACCGUUUUAUAGACAUAUAAUAUAUUGUGCAUUAUUAUAACUUACUAUACACUAGUUUAUUUAGAUCAAUUAUUAAACAAAGUGUUUUUAUCGUAUAACAAUAUUAGUUUUCCAGCACAAAAAAAGAUAAUAUUUAAUAAUAAGUGAACUCUAUAAUUAUUGUCCCGAUUGUUGUUUCUGUCCAUGUUGACACCAAAGAGCUCGACUAACGUCUCCAGAAGCCUUCUUUUGGCUGUAGGGUCAUAGGCCACAUACGAAAGGCCGUAUUGCUGGUCACAGCAUGCAUUGUGAGAAGAUUCCUCAUUUUGAAUCUCUAAUCAUUGGGUCUUGAGCUUUCCAUCAGAGGGUGAUU